GCUGAACUUCACACAGAGAAUUCAAUAAAUGGCGGCCACAGCGUUGAAACGCACCGUUCGCUACUUCCAAAUUCAUACCUGCCUACUACGCACUAUUCGUUCACGCUAUAUUAAUAGUUGUCAUACUUUUUCGUUCACUCUAACAUGCAGUGUACACAACUCGUUACAAGAUGGCAGAACAGUUGUCUCAUGAAUAGUAUAUUUCAAAAUAUUGUACUUAUUACUGUCUCUUGCUUUCGGCGUUGCUCUAGGUGUACAUCAUAGCAUAUUAGCUGUUUCAUAUUUAAAUGGUUGAAUUUGCUAAGGCUUUAGCGGUAGAUAGAUAGAAUAUACUAUAUAUGUAUGAAGAAUUAAAUCAGAAAUUCUACAAUGACGCAUUUUGUUACUGUGCAAUAUUUUUGAGGCAAGUAAAAGUUGAGGCAAUUUCAAUAAUCAGAUAGAUAAGCAUAUUUCAAUUCAAUGUAUUCAAGGGAACAGUGUAAUAAGCCAUAAGUACUAAAAGGCAUUGUACAAUAAAAUAUAAAUAAUAUUAACAAUAACUAAAUUGUUGUGUGUCAAUAAUAUUGUACAAUAGAAAUAUUAUUUUAUAUAACGGCUUUUGGUAUAGCGGUUCUAACUUGAAAUUUGUAUUCGGAAACACGUGCAGAAUGCUGCCACAUAAUAUAUAGAAAUGUGCUAAAAAAAUUAAACUAAAAAUUACUUUAUCUUUAUUAAAAAAAAUAAAUAUAAUUUAAAUAAAGAGAACUAUUUAUAAAUUGGAAGCCCCAAAAUUCAUAAAGUAAAAAGUCUGCUGUGUAAGCUACGAGUACUUUUAUUUUUCCGACAUAGAAAUAGUCAAUAACUGUGGUAACCUUUAUUUUUGUUUUUGUUGUCAUUUUACCUGAUUUUACAUUCUUCAAAUCCAUUUAAUACAUCAACCUGUUAGUUAUACAUUUUAAGUUCACGACAAAGCAUUGCAAAUAAUUACAAUGGCAAACAAUCCAACAUUGAUGAAUACGUCGCAGACCGCACGGCUCGACAGUUAUUGCAGUGAAAUGAUGCAGUUACAGCAGUCACAAGAUGUGGACUUUUUAAAAAACGCGUUAGGACAAAUAAAUCUUGAUGCUUCAGAGUCCAAUUUUAGCAGCAGCUUCCUAAAUGAAACACUCAGUGUAUAUGCCCUACUAGCAAGUGUUGGUUUGGAAAUUUAUAUGGAUAUGUUUGCGGAGCAUAAUAUUGAGUUAGAACAGUUCUUAGAGUUGACAUAUUUGGAUUUGCAGUUAUUUGGAAUAGAUGAUUGCAGACACCGUAAUCUUAUUAUGGAAGUAAUUGCUGCAUUUCGAUUUGAUUAGUGCCGCGUACAUCAGUUGAUGUAUUGUAGUGAAAGCCACACAUAUUUAAGGAAAAA